AUGAAUGAAAACAAGAAGACUAUGAAGGAAUUUGCAGCAGAACUAAAGAAAUUGGCAGUGUAUCUUCUUGAUUUGCUUUGUGAGAAUCUUGGACUAGAGAAAGGCUAUUUGAAAAAGGCAUUCUAUGGCUCUAAAGGCCCUACCGUUGGAACCAAGAUUAGCAAUUAUCCCCCGUGCCCCCAGCCAGAUCUCAUCAAAGGACUUCGAGCACACACCGAUGCUGGUGCCAUCAUCCUACUUUUCCAGGAUGACAAGGUCAAUGGCCUCGAGCUUCUUAAAGACGGUGAUUGGGUUGAUGUGCCACUCCAUUGUCAUCAACACUGGCGACCAAUUCGAGGUGAUUACAAAUGA